AUGAUGCACGAUAACAAUUUUAUGCAACGUCUAGCAGCUCAACUUUCCAGCCGCAUUUUAUCAUCAUUUAAGUCGGUCUAUUACAAUCAAUCGUCUCUAGAAUUAGAGAAGAAACUUAAGGAUGAUGAAAUAUCAGAUAUUGCAGCAACUAUCGCAAAUGACAUUAAUUCUAUUGUAGAUGUUGUCUGGAAACAGGAGAAAUUUAUUGAAAAGCAUUGUCUGGAAAGAUUAGUCCAUGCUUGGAUCUGCCAAGAGUUAUUUACAAAUCAAUUUCCUUGCAAUCAUGCCGUCACAGUCGGACAGGCCAAUUUUAGAGUAAAAUUUCCAAUGUUGCCAAAAUUGGAUCUAAAUUUAUAUAUUGCAAUCGUUAAAAACCGAAGGUGGGAGCUAUUCCUAUGCGAAUCUGUCAACGUCGUCGAUGAAUCCUUUGCAAAGAAAUUUUUACAAGCUGUGAUAACAACAUUUGAUAAGAGGGAUCUCAUCAACGCUAAUCACUUUAUUUAUAAGCUAUUUCUAUUAUCUUUGCAAGAAUGGAAAGAAAUCACCUCAAAGCAAAAUAGGUUAUUGAUACUGAGCAAAUUUCCCAUGUGGAUCCAACUCGUUUCCUCGUUAGGAAACGACUAUUUAUUCAAUAGUAAUAUUGGACACGAAGUCGUAGAGUUAAUAAUGGAUUACUGUAUAGCUCUAAUAAACCUAUGGAUACAACAAGAUGCAAAGCAACAAUCUAUCAAUUCCAUACCUAUUGAAGAAAGGUAUGUUGCUAAAGAUAUUCUAACAGGUUUGAUGCUGAGCUCGCCUGCUGCCAAAGAUAGUGAAUUGAAAAGUAAGGGCCUAAAGGUUGAAGACCUUAAAAACAUUAGUGAACUUUGCAGGCAACGGCAAUCUACAUCCUACAUUUUACAUCAUGAUCGGGACGUCGUUUUACAAAACUUGAAAUCAAAUAUAUGUUAUGAUAGCCCCAAUGGUAAAUAUAUAUACGAUGUUAGACCUGAUAGGGUAGCAAUUUUUCAGCAAAUUAAGAUUGCCUUAACAUUCGUACUCUCAACGUAUGAGAAGAUAUUACACUAUCUGAGUUCUUGGACAACGGAAGAUCAUUUUAGCUCGAUAAAAGAUAAAUUAUUAUGUGUAUUAUUAUUUAACAAAUGGUUAUUCCAUAACUCUACACUUUCAUUAGAUCCUAAAACGGAAGAAAUUAUUAAUAACAAAUUAGAUGGUAUGCCAGAGAAACCGCUGUCUGAAACAGAAGUGGUUGCUUUCAUCAAGGAUCAAAACUUUAUAAAUCACAGUCCCAGCAAGGAAAAAAUAGAAAUAACAGUCAUGAAUGAAGCAUCAUUGCAAUCUUCUUUAAAUGAAAUUGAGGGGACUUCGUUACCUUCUACAGAUUCAAUAAUAUGGCUGCUAAACAAUUCCUCUGAAUGGAUAAACGUUGAAAGCUCUAAGAUAAGAGUUUUGAAAUGCUUUCUUCAACAUGGAACUCUCCUUGCGUCUGCUAGCAACUUCAUACAACUGUUUGAUAUUGCUGUGAAAUCUAACGCACUAAAUGACUACCGCAAUAUCGACGCUAGAACAAAUUUUGAAUCUGGCAAUCAAUAUUUUAAGGAGAUAUUGCUUCAGUCUUAUCAGCAACUAUCGCUUUUUGAGCAAACCGAAGUACAAGUUAAUGCCUUGAAAACAAUGGAAACCAAUCGUAGCGCAUUUAUAAACAAUGGUGAUUGGUUGGAAGCCGAGCUAAUAAACCUUCUAAAUCGUAUUGUCGUAUCCGAUACAUCAAAUGAGGAUGCCAAUAGAACUAUUUUUAGCACAAUGUCUUUUUUAGCUCUUACUUCUCCGUACAUUGUAAUUUAUCAAGUUUUACUAGCAGCAGUUCAGCAAGUAAAUAAAAGCGAUCCCCUAAUAGAGGAUAAAUCAUGGAACAUUUCAAUCCUGGAUGAGUCUAUUCCAGUCACUGUAAAGAGCUUAAUCCAUGUAGAUAAGCUGUUACAAGUUGUUGUCUUGCCGUAUUUGAAUCUCCAUGAACAUGGAGGUGUCGGAGUUAUAACAACUUUAAAGUUGUUGAAUAUAGCGAUUAAUUUUUUAGAUUGUAACGACGAUAUCACAUGGACAUCGCCAAUAUUACCUAUAUUGAGGCGUCUUUGUGAGUUACUUGACAAUGUAAGACUAAUCAAGGAUCCAAAUUCUGCAGAAAUUUGUACAUUAACCGCUAAUGCAAUGGGUAGGCUUACACAGAUAUUGAAAAUGGCAAUGAGAAAUGACGAAGAACCUUUUGUUGGCUUUUUUCAAUGUUGCAUGGCAUCUAAUUCCUUAAAGGAUUUCUUUACUGAGUUAUUGCCAAUUUGUAAUGGAGAUGAGUUUGGAAGAAUUAUUUCAACUUUGAUGAUUUUACUUGAAAAACGCAUUGUCGUAGUCUCGAGUGAAAUAAUGGAAAAUGUCACAAACGCGAAAAUUAAACAACGCUUAACAUUAUCGACUAUCGUACGUCGUGUUUUUGAUAAAGUCUUGCAGUUUUACCGUGAGGAAUUUGUCAGUAAUUAUUGCUUGGGUUAUAUUAUAAAACUCUACGUGCAGUGGAUGAAGAACCUUUGUGAUGUACAUUUGGACGAGUGCAACAGAGAAACUGAUCAGGUAGAUCAAGUGAAUAUCAUGCUUCAGUACCUAUUUGACGACGUCGCGUCUAUAACGAUCUUACUUCCAGAGUGCUAUCAAGAGCUAAGUUUAUCGUUGCUUCUCGAAAUUAUUGCAGUGACUGAAUUGCAUUCAACUAAAUUAGAAAACGUAAUAUUAUUGGCUUCUAUGGGCUACGACUUCGUAAUCGUUAUGUCCGAUUUUAAUGAUGCAAUGUCAUCACUUUGUGAGAAGUGUAAUCUGCGUGAAUGGAAAGGAGUAGAACGUAUGUAUCUAUUUGUAUACGUAUGGUUUAGAGAGUGA